UUUCUAACAAACGUGUCGCGUGGAAAUAAUUGGAAAUGAAGGACGUCGACCUUCUCUCCCCUCUCUCUCUCCUCUCUCUCCGCUCUCUCUCUCUAUAAUGACAGAAAGCUAGAGAGAGAAGGGGUGAGCUUUGUCGUUAAUGCUCCGGAGAGAGCUCCAAUUCUGAUGACUUAUUUCUGCGCAGGGGAAAAAAGAAAAACAUCAGAACACUGCACAGAAAGACUUUUGCUUUUCCGUCACUGCUUUCAUUUUCACUUCCUGUGGAUUGAGUUUUGUUGAGUUCUCUCAAUUUUGUCUGCUUUGAAGAAUCUGCUGUUUUGCUUCAUGCGUUUGUGAAAAUUUGAGUUGGGUUUGUGGGUUUUGUGGCUGGUAUUGAUUGGCUCCUUGAGCUGACCCCACCUUCAAUUUUCAUGACAGCAGAUGAUAUUGUCAAAUCUCUAUCUAGGUUUGCUAUUUACCAAUUUAUGAGAGAUUUUUGAGCUCUCCUGUCCUCAAUAGUCUCUCUGGGUAAUACAAUUUAUAUGCAUCAAUUACAAGCUUGUAUAUUAAGUUGUGGUUUUCACAUUUAAUUAUCUUGUUGGGUUCAAUUCUUAGUUCAAUUUGAGCGUGGAAUUGUUGCGAGGAUCCAAUAAGGGGAAUUGGGUUUCAUUCAUUUUUGUAGAAUUUUGGUUAACAUUUUUGUAUGAAUUUGUGGACUUGAAUCUAGAGAGAGAAAGGUAGUGAAAAGGCAGAAUCAAUUUAAUUAGCUUAGAAUGGCUUCUCCUGGGGCGGAAAUUGAUGACCAAUCAACUGAAAACAAAGGUAGCAUGUGGGUUUUGGAUCAGAAGCUUGAUCAGCCCAUGGAUGAGGAGGCUGGAAGAAUUAAAAAUAUGUAUAAAGAAAAGAAAUUCUCCGCGCUACUGCUUCUGCGACUUGCAUUUCAGAGUCUUGGAGUGGUCUAUGGAGACUUGGGAACUUCUCCCUUGUAUGUGUUCUACAAUACAUUUCCUCAUGGAAUUGAAGAUAAAGAGGAUGUCAUUGGAGCUCUUUCAUUGAUUAUCUACUCCCUUACUCUAAUCCCGCUCCUCAAAUAUGUUUUUAUAGUGUGCAAGGCAAAUGACAGUGGUCAAGGUGGAACCUUUGCUCUUUAUUCAUUGCUGUGUCGCCAUGCAAAAAUAAAAACAAUUCCUAACCAGCAUCGAACUGAUGAGGAAUUGACAACAUAUAGUCGGAGCACAUUCCAUGAGAAUUCUUUUGCUGCGAAAACCAAGAGAUGGUUGGAGAGACGUCCAUAUAGGAAGAAUGGUCUUCUUAUACUUGUCCUUGUUGGCACUUGCAUGGUGAUUGGAGAUGGUAUUCUCACUCCAGCUAUUUCAGUUCUUUCAGCUGCUGGCGGAAUCAAGGUAGACCACCCCAAGAUGAGUACUGAUGUAGUUGUGCUUGUCGCUGUUGGCAUAUUAGUAGGUUUGUUUAGCAUGCAACACUAUGGUACAGAUAAGGUUGGGUGGCUUUUUGCUCCAAUUGUGCUGCUUUGGUUUCUGUUAAUAGGAGGUAUUGGCAUAUUCAAUAUUUGGAAAUAUGACAGCAGUGCUCUUAAAGCUUUUUCACCUGUGUAUAUAUAUCGGUAUUUUCAAAGGGGUGGGAAAGACGGUUGGACCUCUCUCGGAGGUAUCAUGCUUAGUAUUACAGGGACUGAGGCGCUGUUUGCUGACCUGGCUCAUUUCCCUGUUUCUGCUAUCCAGCUUGCUUUCACAGUAGUUGUGUUUCCUUGCCUUCUUUUAGCCUAUUCUGGACAAGCUGCGUACCUAAUGAGUAAUCCAAACCACGUGAAAGAUGCGUUCUAUCGUUCUAUCCCAGACAGCAUAUACUGGCCAGUGUUCAUAAUUGCUACUUUUGCUGCCAUUGUCGCAAGUCAGGCCACAAUAUCUGCUAGCUUUUCAAUAAUCAAGCAGGCUGUUGCACUUGGCUGUUUUCCAAGAGUCAAGGUUGUACAUACAUCAAAGAAAUUCCUUGGGCAGAUAUAUAUUCCAGAUAUAAAUUGGAUCCUUAUGAUUCUUUGUAUUGCUGUGACUGCUGGAUUCAAAAAUCAAAACCAAAUUGGCAACGCUUACGGAACAGCUGUUGUUAUAGUCAUGUUGGCAACCACAUUCCUCAUGAUUUUGAUCAUGUCGAUAGUAUGGCGCUGCCAUUGGUUUCUUGUCCUCAUCUUCACUGCCUUAUCACUGUUAGUGGAGUUGACUUACUUCUCAGCUGUCCUUUUCAAGGUUGACCAGGGUGGGUGGGUUCCUCUUGUGAUUGCAGCAGCCUUUCUUAUCAUCAUGACCGUCUGGCAUUAUGGUACAGUGAAACGCUAUGAGUUUGAGAUGCACAGUAAGGUAUCAAUGGCAUGGCUUCUUGGGCUCGGUCCGAGUUUGGGACUGGUUCGUGUUCCCGGUAUAGGACUUGUGUACACUGAGCUACCAAGAGGGGUGCCUCACAUCUUUUCCCACUUCAUCACAAACCUACCAGCUAUCCAUUCUGUCGUCGUAUUUGUAUGUGUGAAGUACCUUCCUGUUUACACCGUCCCAGAAGAAGAGAGAUUCCUUGUAAAACGGAUUGGACCCAAGAAUUUUCACAUGUUCCGUUGCGUUGCAAGAUAUGGUUACAAAGAUAUCCACAAGAAGGAUGAUGAUUUUGAGACAAAGCUCUUUGAUAACCUCUUCAUGUUUGUCCGGCUUGAAUCCAUGAUGGAAGGGUGUUCUGACUCGGAGGAGUAUAGUAUAUAUGGUCAGCAAACUCUGCAGUCGAGAGAACUUCUGUUAAAAGAUAACAACACCACCACAUCUUCCUCCAACGUGAACCAGACGAUUUCGACAAUAGACACUAUUGUGCCUUGUAAAUCUCCCAUCCAGGCUAAUAAUACUGUAUCGUCGUUGGAGCAAGGAAGCAGCCAUACAGACGUCGAUGAGAUGGAGUUCUUGACGAACUGUAGAGAUGCUGGGGUGGUGCAUAUAUUAGGAAACACAGUGGUGAGAGCAAGGAGGGAUUCGAGUAUUUAUAAGAAGAUAGCGGUUGAUUAUAUAUAUGCAUUUCUUAGGAAAAUAUGCAGGGAUAACAGUGUGAUUUUCAAUGUUCCUCAUGAAAGCCUGUUGAACGUUGGGCAGGUAUUCUAUGUAUGAUUUUUUUUGAAUUUGAUCAGUAAGAUCAAUAGAUUAUGUUUGUGGUCUUCAAUUGAUCCUUAAUUUUAUA